GAGAAACAUCGAUAUUUUGACCAGUUACCUUUCGAUCUUUGAUCUAUCGAUUGGUCAAUCUAAUCUAACCUCAAAAACUAUGUGAAAGAUUUGUAAAAUAAUUUAAAAAUUCAUAAUAUUGUUAAAAGUGUUAAUUAAAUUAAGAAAUCAAUUUAUUGUGAUGGCUGAAACCACAUUGAAAAAGAAUUACCAAUUCUCUCGAGAAGAGCUGCAGGUGCUGAACAGAUGCAACAAAGAGAGCUUCUAUCAACGCUGCCUCCCCUUCAGUACAGUAAUGGGUCUGGCAACGUCCUAUGCAAUCAAAUCAGGGUACCUAAAGCCGAGUCCAUACAUGGGUUCAGUUCCUAAAGUAGCCGCAGCUGUGAUUAUAGGCUACUUUCUUGGUAAAAUUUCCUACCAGGCAAAGUGUGCCGAAAUGAUGAUGCGUCUACCAAACAGCGAAUUGGCUGAAAUGCUACGCAACAAACGUCAGGGAAAGGGAGGGGGUUCAACUCCUACUGAGCUAUUAACUUUGGACUCUGGUUUUGGCUCGGGCAAUUUCCCUUCGUUUAGCACAUCUAAGGAUGAUAUUUACAGCGACGUGGACAUGAGACCUAUCGCAGACCUGGAUAUGGAACGCCCCCACAAUGAGGGACUCAACGACUCAUUCAGACCUUCACUCGAUUAUACCGCAUUAGAAGAUGAUUCAUUACCAGAAGUCAAGCAAGGCCCCCCUGUGAAUUACGACGAUUUACGGCGAAAAAAUAGGGAGGAAUAUGCACAGAAGGGUAAUGCGUACAGGAGUCAGCAGCAGCAGCCGCUCCAAAGACCAGCCUCCCCGAUACUCGAUCAAGGCAGUCCUCUAGACCCGGGCUCACAGCCUCCUCCACCCUCCUCCCCAACGGGUGGCCAGGACUACUUCCCCUCACGUCUCAAAACCUACGGUCCCAGCACGGGGGGCGAGAAAAACAAAUACGGCGAUGUUUGGGAAAAAUAGUAGUCGUCGAGCUUUUAAUAAUGAGACUAUUAGUGAAUUAAUUCUGUAGAGCUACAAUCAGUAAUGUGAAACCGUCACAUGAUCGCAUAUCGCGUACUAAUAACAAAUUUGCGAGUUUGGUUUUAUAUCCUGAUAAUUGAUUCACCAGAUCAUUGAAAGAAUUGAAUUAGGAUGUUGACAAUGUCAACUGUUUACUUUAUUCAUUAUCGACUGGUUUUUUGUGAAGGAUUUAUUUUUUCAUCCCUAAUCUCUCUAUUUGCCUUCCAUAUUUCCAAUCAAUCAAUUUAUUAUAUUCUGAGUGUCAUAUGGAAGAAAGCCUAAGAGGAAAUGUAAUUUAUUCUAUAAUCUGUAAAUAAAUACGUUAAUUUGAGACUCUUUUAAAUUUUCUUGAAAUCUAUUAUUCUUAGAGCGUUGAUAUUUGCUGUGGAAUCAACAGUUCUUCGUGAAUUUACUAUUUUUUUAAAUCGAAAGUGUUUUUUUAGGCAACUUGUUAUACGUUAAAUCUCAAUUAUAAUAUUUGAUUUCUCUCUCUCUCUCUCUCUCUCUUUCUAUUGAGAUAUCGCUGAAUUGCACUGUUUAAUGGAACUGCUCUCAUGCGAUUAUAUAAUAAAUGUUGGUUCUCGAGGAAUUGAAGAAAUAGCCUAAAACACAUACGGUAUUACUGUAUAUUCUAUUCUGUCUAGUUGUAUAACUAGUAUAGUGUUUUAUCAAACAAUAUAUUGUUCAAGUACGGCGGAUUGAAUCUAUUAAAUAAACGCUUUAUACAUUAG